GGCAUGUGUCGGGGCGCUGGGCGGCCCGGUCCUGCUCCUUCCCCGAGGGGCCGCGCUGAGGCCGGGCGUGCGGCCGCCUCCGCCGGGCUGAGCGCCUCUUCCGCCCCGCUGCUCUGCGGCCGUGCCCUCCGCCGGCCUCCACCGCGUCGAUUGGCAAAGAAAAAUUCUAUCUUAGGAUCCUGUCAAGCAAGGUGUCUGGAUGUCCUACCUACGUGAUAGCUGACUGAAUCCCUGCCAGGCUCGGUCAUGCAACAGAACGCCUGUUUCCUGAUAAACUGCAGUCUUACUGUAUCCAGGCUUUUAUUGGCUUUUGCUUCUAAAGGUGCAAUAAUUCCUGGCAGCAAGAAAACAGUUACAAGGGUUUGCAUGUUACAGCCUGUUCUACCUCUUGUUUCCUGACCUAUAAUGGUGUUCUGCUGCGAUCUGAUGAUAUCAGACAGGUUUGCAUUGGAUUAUGUUGGAGCCCAAGUAUUCAAAACACCAUUUGGCAUAUCGAAGCGAGCAGUAUUAGUGGCUAGUGGUGUUACAAGUUGAGAGAGAGGUUUCAACUUUGGUUUUUUCCAUAUUAUGUUGCUGUACUGCUGAGCAAAAAUUGAAGACUGAGAAAAGCACAGAGGCAUGCAGGAGUACUUCGGAAAAUAUCUGUAUUCAGACCCCAUUCUGUGAAAUACAGAACAUGAGAGAGAUCAUGGGUAUAUGGCAGUGGAUCUGAAAGUGAUAUAAGAAAGAAUUGCUCCUGAGAAGAGAAGCCUCCCUGCAAGGCCAACCCUGAAGAUGUGGACUGCCAUUGUAUUCUUCCUGCUGAUUUCCUUCUGUAUAUGUGAACAGAGGCUUUCUGUCCUUAAAGGGAGAGGAGUCCAUGUAGUGCAAAUAAACAGGCUUACAACUGAAAAGCAGUGCAGGCAGGCUUGUCAAAGCCCAGGUGCUUCAGGUAACCAUCACUGUAAUUGGUCUGUGCCCUACCAGAAUCACUGCAUCCUCUUGCGUUGUCACCAGCUGAGUGUGUGCCAGAGUGCUGGAGAACAGGACAUCAAAGAUCUGCUUGGAGAAAUUGUCAGUGAGAAAAGGGAAACAGUUCUGUUUCACCACCAAAGUGAUCCACAGAAGAAGAAGAGGACGGUGAAUAAACAGGUUGACCGAUACAACAUGGAAAACCUGUUUUCCUCAACUGCUUGGACUCGCAAGAUUCACUUGAGGCGUUUGCUUUCGAAUGAGAGUGAAGGUGUAGCAACAAAUGAAACAUUUGCCACCGCUGCGACGACCACCGCUGCGACGACCACCGCUGCGACGACCACCACUGCGACGACCACCACUGCGACGACCACUGCCAUAGCCAUAACAACAAACGUUACAAAUGCAACUGUCCUCACUACAGCUUAUGGAACAGCUGCCAAUGACUCAAAUGCCGAAGCCACGUCUUCCAAUGCCUCUUCUCUUACUUAUGGUACCAUCUCUGCUUCCACUUCCAGCCAUGUCACCAACCUCGUGACCACUACUGAAAAAUCAGGAAAUAAUAGCUCCGUCUCAGUAUUGUCCCCCUCUUCUCCUUCUGCUCGCCUUCCUGUAAUUUCUGAAGCAAGUACUCAAAUACAUCAAACAGAGCAGUUUAACCCAGGCACCACCAGCCCUCCUAGCUCUACUAGCCCCACCACUGUUGGAGCUGGCCCAAAGACACUGAACACAACAUUGACCACCCUUAUCUCACAGGAUGCAGGAACAUCUUCCACUGCUUCCACUAGUGCCAUGGUUUUAACUACUGCCUCUGCAGCAGAAACUACGACUGGGCAUCAGAUAAAGCCAACAGCUCACAUUUUUUCAACAACCACAGCUCUAGCAGGUGCACCUAAAACAACAGCUUCGGGCCAUGCAGAAACUCAGGACAGGGACAAUGAGUAUCUUCUCAUUGCUGCCGAGCCCCUGACUCAGUAUUUGGUGGAUAAGAGUUCGCUUCUUGCAGUGCUUUUAGUUGGUACGGUUUUUUUCAUAACUGUUAUAGUUCUUUUCCUUAUGCAGGCCUACGAGAGCUACAAGAAGAAGGACUAUACACAAGUGGAUUACCUUAUCAACGGAAUGUAUGUGGACUCGGAGAUGUGAAAGGGUAGGGGAAAAAAAAGCAGGCAAAGAGAUGGAAAGGGAAUUGAAAGCUGCCUGACUUUUUUUUUUUUUCCCCUAUUUGCCUAUAAAACAAACUGAAAAGUGCUUCCAAAUUUACUUCUGGUGCAAUUGAGGAGAAAUGCCAUGUACUGUAUUAAGAAAAAUAUAUAUAUUUUUUAUUCAACUGUGCAGCAGGUUGCUGUAAAAAAAAAAGUAGUAAUUUUUAAAACUUCCAUAAUGCACAAUAGCUUUUGUCAUCAUUUUUCAUCGCAAAACAAACUUUAAAAGAGAUAAGCCGUCAUCUUCAGAAAAUGCUAUGGCGCUUCUUCAGCUGUUUACGGUGCAAGUUCCCUGUGUUUCAUUCAUUUCACGUGCCUCUCUGAAAACAGAACAAGGGAUGCUCUCACCUUUUGCAAAGUGCUCUGAAGUUGCCGGAUGAGAAGUGUGGAGUAAUGCUGCAACAGGGAAUUUCUGUGUGUGUCAUGUUUCAGUAUGCUUCUUGCUUCUAAAGAGGUCUGUUUACAAGGCAUUGUAAACUCUGUUUACUGCUAACCCAAGAUAUCUUUUCACCACGGAGCAGAUGGUUUAAGAGCCUCUGCACUUAAAGGAUCUUAUUUUUGUAUUCACUUAAUAAAUGGGCCCUGGAAGGGCAUAUCUUGUUGCA